AUGGCCACAGGCGUCGACGUCCUCGCGGCGUUCAACAUCGCCAAGGAUGCCUUCUCUGUGGCCUCGCUCACACUGCCGUACAUCUUCCUCUCCACAGGCCUCCCGCUCGCCGCUGCCUCUGUUCUCGUCCUCGGCCUGGCCUCGUGGGCCGGCGCUGUCUUCCUCCAUCGCGCAGCAGAGGAUGCACAGACAAAGAUCUCUGGCUCUAGCGCCUCGUCGGCCUCUCUCCUUGCCGCCGAUCGCCUCGUCGACGCCCCGCCUGUCAGCUACUCGCACUGUGUCGAGCUGCUCUGGGGCCGCCGCGCAAAGAUGGCCGCAGACGUCACCAUCGUCGUCGUCGACACCUCGGCCUCGUUCGCCAUGCUCAUCGCCGCUGGCCAGGCCCUCCACUCGGUUGGCGCCAUCGCCGCCUCACACGCCUUUCUCGCCCACUAUCCUCCGCUCGUUAUCGCUGUUGGCCUCGUCGUCGCCGCCGUCUGCGUCGCCCUGCCCUCGGGCGAUGCCCUCAAGUACCCGUCCGCCCUCGGCGCCACCGCCUUCCUCGCCCUCCUUGUCCUCACAGGCGUCCUUGGCGCCCGUGGUGAGCUGCACCAAGCCGACUUGCCGCCGCCGCCGCCGCGUUCCCACGUCUGGAGCUCGCUUGGCUGGCCGAACUCGCUCCGUGCCGCCGUUCUCGCCCCGGGCGUCCUCAAGUUCUGCUUUGCCGGCAUCGAGUCGUGGCCCUCGCUCGCCGUCCCGCUGGGCCAGGCCUACAUCCCCACCCUCGCCCUCGCCACCGCCAUCAUGAUGAGCUUUACUAUGGCCAUGGGCCUCGUCGGCUACGCCUACGCGCCAGCUGACGUCGCCGAGAACCUCCUGCUGGAUCUCCCGGACUCGGUCGCCGGCAACUCGGCUCGCAUCGCCACUGCUGCCAUGCUCGCCUUUACCACUCCCAUCCUCCUCUUUGCCGCCUUUGAGAUCCUCGAGUUUGCCACCGCAGCCGCCUUUCCCUCCCUCGCCGCACGUCCCUCUCCCGCCGGCCCGCCCGCCUCCCUCACCGCCUCGCCGUCCGACCCGCUGCUGCCGUCCAUCAACACCGUCCUCUCGCAGAGCCCGCAGAGCCCGCAGAGCCCGCCAACCGCCUCCCGCCCGGCCGCCACCGCCAUCCGCCUCCUCCUGGUCAUCAUCGCCUCUGUCGCCGCAGCCUCCUUCCCCAACCUCGUCUACGCCGUCUCGGUCACCGGCGCCGUCGGCGACUCUGCCCUAGGCCUUGUCAUCCCGGGCAUCGCCGCCUGUGGCCAUCGCUCGCCCAUUGCAGGCAUCGCCCUCGUUAUCAUCGGUCUCGUCUGCAUGAUUUGCGCCGCUCACUUUUCUGGCGAUCGCGCCGCGUUCAAGACCUCGAUCGAGCGCGCCGGCGCUGCGAGCGUCACGAGACUCACCGUCGCACCGUCGUCGUCGGAUGGUGAGGUCGAGUACGCCGCAUCACUGGUGUCUUCCAUCGUCGAGCUCGACCUCGCGCGGUGCUCGUACGUCACCGACGCCUCCAUCAGCGCCGUCGCCGCCUCGUGUCCAGCGCUCACGUCGGUCAAUCUCUACUGCUGCGAGCGGGUGGGUGACGAGGGUGUGGCCGCGCUCUCGCACGGCUGCCCGCAGCUGGCGACGAUCAACCUCCGAGGCUGUCCGUCGAUCACAGCAGCCGCGCUGGCCGCACUGGCCGACGGCCGCGGCCGCAUGCUCCGCGAGCUCAACGUCCACGGCUGCCAUCUGGCAGUGACCGACGACGCGCUCGCGCACAUUGCUGCCUCAUGCCCAUCACUCUGCAAGCUCGACAUUUCCGGGUGCAAAUACGUGACCGACGUCGCGCUUCGGGCCCUAGCUGCCGGCUGCAGCCAACUCACGUCUGUCGUCGCCGCCCGCUGCCGCGAGCUGACCGACACCGGCGCCAUUGCCGUUGCCGCCGGCUCUCCCAACCUCCGCACCCUCGACCUCGCGGGCUGCCGCAAGACCGGCUCGGUCCGGUCCGCCACCUCGGCCCGCCGCGCCUACCUCGAGUGGAUGGCCAACACGCCACCGACCGAGUGGGACUCGCUGUAUGUCGGUCACGCCAACGCUGCGCUCUGCAACCUCGCUGCCCUCGGCGGCCUCACUCCGGCGACUGUCCGCGCAGCCCUUGCCGAAGGCAUUGCUCUCCCGCCAGAGCUCCCGCAGGUCAUUGCCGACUCGAUGCCGCACGCCUCGGCGCUCGCCGCCACCGUCCACGACCUCCUUGGCGCCGCCGCCAGCCGUCCGGAGAGCCAGCCGCCGGCGUACUCGCUCGAUCCACCCGACGUUGCCGACGUGCCCGACGACGAGAUUGAGCCGGACGAGUCGCCGUUUGGCGCGUCGUCGCCGCCGGCCUACGUCUCCCCGCCGCAGCCGGCCCCCCCGUUGCUUCCCUCGAACUCGGGCUCGACGCCGACAGCCGCGCGCAUCUGCGCCGCGCCGUCGUGCGGUGCCGGCGUUGAGCUCGGUCGCACCUGCUCUGCGGUCUGCCGUGCUCGCUACGCGGCUGCCAAGUGUGCACUCUGCGCGGCACUGAUCACGCCGGCCGAGGGUUAUGUGCUCGGCUGCUCGGCGCCAUGCGACGCCGAAGCCUUUUUUCUCGCCGCCUCGCCGCCAUCCACCGCCACCCUCCGUCCCAUCGCCACCACCUCACCGCUUGGCGCCUUUGUCCUCUCCACCAUCGUCGCUUCUUGGUCGCGGACCUCCUCCUUUGACCGCUCACGCCUCCGGAGUUUGCACCUUGUCCUCCCGUCCACCGCGCAGGCUGCUGCCUUUGCCUCUGCCCGCAGCCGCCACGCCGCUCUCCGUUGGGCAUUUUAUCCGCUCCGAGCCGUGUGCACGCCAUCGGCACCUGCUGUGCUGCCGUGCGGUACCGCCGAGUGCUCGCUUUGCAACACUGCCGUCGCAGGCUUUGCACCCGACUACACCGGCGACAUCUCACUCACGACCGUCGCCUCACAUGCGGCGUUCUCCGCAGCCUCGUCGUCGUCGUCGGCCCCUGCAUCGUCGGCCACCGCCUCGCCGUCGUCGCUUUGGUUUGCUCUUGCCGCCGUAGCUGGUGGUCACUCUGCAGCCGACACCGUCAGCGUCACUGCCACCGACGCCGCCCGCCCUGUCGUCUUUGUCGAGCUUGCCAUCACCAGUUGGUAGCCUCCCAGCCUCCUCUCGGCGAAUUCCUCGGUGUCAAUAUUUUUAUCUCGGCACAUAAACGCGACUUCCCUCCUC